CUGCAGAUCCAUUUCUCUUCGUACUACCAAAUGUCAUGAGCCACCAUGCUCCGCAUCGUCAUCCUGUCCUUCCUUCAACUUUUUGUUGGAUUUUCACAAGGGUCAAGAUGUCGACUGCCAUGGACUGGAGUAUGGCUAGAAAAUGGGAAUGAGCUUAAUAUUACACACAAUUCUAUCGGAAAUUUAGGGAAUUGUGUUCAUAAAAGCAGGGAUUUGUAUUUAUUGACUAUUGAUACAUCACGAGGCGAUUGCUAUAGAUGCUUGAUAACGUUUCCGGUUCAUGAAAAUGUGCUCCACUAUAAAACAACACAAUGCAUAUUCGAUCCAGAAAUGUCACUUGAGAAGUGUUCCCAAUUAAUGAGUGCUGAUACAACAAUGCACACUUUAUUUAGAAAAGAAGCAAUACCAGUACCAUGUCCGAUCGAAGCUCCGAUGAAUUUCACAUAUCAAACAAAUCAAGGGAUCUGUAAUAGUCGAACUUCUCACCUUCAUAGAUGUGCUCAAUAUGAUCGUCUGGCUCUUCACUAUCAGGCGUGCCCAGAGAUUCCAAAUCGAGAAUCUGCGAUUUGGCAAAUGGAAUGUAUCGGAUCGUGGCAAUCAUUUGGACUUCAGUAUUUUGCUGCUCGAGUAGGAUACAGCGCUGGAGAACAGUAUAGAUGCUUUAUUCAUGAUAAAACUGGCAGCAGUGGGAGAAUUGGAGAGUCUGCUGAUGCUGGCUGUCAAGAGUUGACCCAUAUUGGAGCAGCUGCAACGACUCUUCAUUUCCGGCAAGACUCCCCUGUCUACUCUGGGUGUGAAUUUCCAGAAACUCUAUAUAGAGAAAAGUCUAGAAAUUGGGAAUCUAUGUUGCUUGGAACGUAUCAUCGUGUCUAUCAUGGAUCAUGGAUAUCAUCAGUAAAAGGACGAAAUGACACCGUUUGGACUUGUCUUCAAAAAGUCUCCGAAGAGAGUAAUGAACACUACACUUACAGAACUUAUGUAACAAAAGGAUGCAAAGUGGGAUAUCAAUGUGUCAGAGUUCACAUGCGUAAACCACACAUCGCCCACGUGGAAUAUGGAGAAAUCAGCCCUUCCGAAUCCUUUGCAGAUUGUUCUGAUUUUCCCGUUGAAACAAGAGAUACUCUUAUUCUUCAUGGCUCAAAAGAAGCAUGUCCAAUCCGUGGAAAACACUAUUCUAGUACAUGUUCAGACCCGAUUCUGCAAGUUGGAUGUUCAUCAAAAUACUCAAUGAACUUGGUUAGAGACUGUUCUUUGCCGGAUGGAGAUGAGCUUACUUGUGUGGCAAAUUUUAAGCAUGAAGAUAACACCUUCAUUAUAGCUCGGGAUAGUUUAUCAAGACAAUUAUUUUGUAUGACUUAUGUAUCCGAUCGAAUCAAUCUUUUAAGAGUCUAUGAUAGAGUUUCAUGUGAAGAUGUAUCAGUCAACAGUGCUACUAUUUACCUUUCAUUUAAUUUUACUUCUGAUAGCUGCUCCCCGUCGCUUCUCACCGGUUUUCUGUACUCUGCCACCAGUGAAGUGGCAUCAGCCUUUGAUAUUUAUCAGUUUAUCAUUUUAUUGCUUGUCGCUACUUUCUGGAAUAAUUUAUGAAUCUCCAAACAACGGGUUCUAAUUGUUAACCCAAGGAAAUUAGAUGAAUUUCAUGACAAUCUUCUUUCACCAGCCGUUUUUUUAAUGUUCUCGGGUUACCGAUCUUAGCCUCAGAAAAGUUCUCAGUUUGUUAAGAGUCAAUAAAUUUAUUUUUCAAAAA